AUGGGGUUGUCUGCAUUACGAAUAGACACUCCUUCGCCUCCUCCCGGCACUCGAACAGCAUCAUCUUCUAGUUUGUCCACAUUAGCGUCAGCACCAUUAUCUAAUAGUUUACAUGGCGUGGUAUUCAUGGAGAUCGUCUCCGCUUCAAAUCUCCCAAGGACUCGUAACAUGACACGGACAGGGUUCGAUAUGGAUCCAUUCGUAGUUGUUUCUUUCGGAAAAUAUAUUUUCAGGACUCGUGUUAUUCGACACAAUUUGAACCCUAAAUGGGGUGGAAAACUCAUGUUCAGAGUUCAUUAUGGUCAAGAAUCUUUCCAUAUCAAGUAUUCCAUUCAUGAUUGGGACAAAUUGAGUGGAAACGACUAUAUUGGCAUGGCAACGAUGGAUAUCGAUACCUUAAUCAAUGCAUCCAAAACACAAGAAACCGAUCGACCUUCAUCACCAGUGCCAGGCGCUGAAGAUGAGAAAGAGUUAACAGAUCCAGACAUGAAGGAAUAUGUGCUUAAAGUUGUGAUAGCAAGCAACAUCAAGAAGCAAACUGAAGAUACUUACCUCAAAGUUCGUGCCAAGUUUGUAACAUAUACUGACUUGAGACGGCGAUUCUGGCUUGGCCUUGCAAAGGCAUUCGAUGUUGAACCACGAAAGAGUCUAUUCAGCAAAUUAUUGAUCCAGGCAAUGCUCGAAGGACUUGGCUCGAACCUCUCAAGCAAGACUGUGGACAGCUUCUUUACCCCAUAUGGUAAAGACCCAGAUCAAGAUGAAUUGACAUUUGACGAGCUGUUUGAGAGACUAGAGAGUCAAGUCCGUUUGGAUGAUAGCAUGCCAAGCAAGCGUCGAAAGCGUAGGCUUAGGAAAUUUUGGUCACGCAAAUCAGCUGCAGUAGCACCACCGGAAUCAGAAGCCUUCCCAGAGUCAGAUGGAAAGGAAGAGUCUGAUGAGAAGGAUUCCACAGAUGACUCGAUCGAAGAUGAAGAGUUUGAGCAGGAUAAUGAGCUAUUUAUGCAUUUAACACGAAAUAAGGUCCCUGUCGGUGCCGUGCCACAAGCCAUGGAUAUGGUUGAGCCUACAGAGGCAGAUUUUGAGCCACAAACAUCCGAGGAUGAGUAUGUAAUUAGGAUUUCCUCUUGCCCCAUUUGUCGCGAUCCAAGUCUCGGAUCUAAACUGGAAACGGACGUGAUCACACAUAUCGCAGUGUGCUCCGGUAAUGACGGUUUUAACCUCGACAAGCUAAUCCUGGGCAACUUUGUAACAGAAGCAAAUGCGCAACGGAAAUGGAUCACUAAGGUCGUCAAGACUCUUGGCUACGGCCGAUAUGUAAUCGGCAAGAGUAAUGCCAAUAUUAUUGUACAAGACAGGAUAACCGGAGUCAUGUUGGAGGAGAAAAUACCUACCUUUAUUCGUCUGGGUAUACGACUGCUUUAUAGGAGCCCUGCCCAAAAGAUUCGUGUUGGUAGGAUCAUGGCUAAUAUGUCUAGAAAGCAGGGACUUAAAUUUGAUGACCCAAGGUCGAAGAGAAGCAUUGAACCCUUUAUCCGCUUCCACAAUCUUGAAGCCCAUAUGUCGGAAGUCUUGGAACCGGUUCAGAACUUUAAAACAUUCAAUGAAUUCUUCUACCGACGAUUGAAACCAAAUGCAAGGACACUUGCCUCCCCAGGUGACGACCGCGUGGCGGUUAGUGUGGCAGACUGUCGCAUGACAUGUUUCCAAACGAUAGAAGAUGCUCAAAAGUUUUGGAUCAAGGGGCGACAAUUUACAGUUGCAAAACUGUUGGGGGAUGAGGUGCUUGCAAAGAAAUACAUUGGUGGAAGCUUGGCUAUUUUCCGUCUAGCUCCACAAGAUUACCAUAGAUUUCAUAUACCCGUUCGUGGUGUAAUAUCCGAACCCAAGCAUAUCACUGGGGAGUACUUCACGGUUAAUCCAAUGUCGAUCCGGAGUCAUUUAGACGUCUAUGGUGAGAACAAGCGCGUCAUUUCGACUAUUGAGUCCAAAGAGUUUGGCUCAGUCGCAUAUUGCUCAAUUGGCGCCAUGAUGGUUGGAUCAAUAGUCUUGACAACGAAGCCCGGUCAAGAAGUAGAGAGGAUGGAAGAACAUGGUUACUUUGCCUUUGGUGGCUCGACGAUUGUGUUAUUAUUUGAGCCCGACUCGAUCCAAUUUGACGAAGAUCUAUUACAGUCAUCAAAAGAACAGAUCGAGAUGCUUGUGCGUGUUGGUAUGCGUGUUGGUAUUUCUACCAGGCAGCUAUAG